AUGGACAUUACUAUCCAGCACCCCUGGUUCAAACGUGCUCUUGGAUCCUUAUAUCCAAGCCGCUUGUUUGACCAGUUUUUUGGAGAAGGCCUUUUUGAAUAUGACCUCCUGCCUUUCCUCUCCUCCACCAUCAGCCCUUAUUACCGGCAGUCACUCUUCCGAACUGUCUUGGAAUCAGGCAUUUCUGAGCUCAUGACCCAUGUGUGGUUUGAAAUGCACAAACCACAUGCUGGAAACCCCAAGAACAACCCUACCAAGGCAAGUUGUCUGUGUUCAGUGAGAUCUGACCGAGACAAGUUUGUUAUCUUCCUGGAUGUCAAACACUUCUCUCCUGAAGACUUGACCGUGAAGGUAUUGGAUGACUUUGUGGAAAUUCACGGGAAGCACAGUGAAAGACAGGAUGACCAUGGCUAUAUUUCCCGUGAAUUCCAUCGUCGCUACCGCCUGCCUUCCAACGUGGAUCAGGCCUCCAUUUCCUGCUCCCUGUCUGCUGAUGGCAUGCUGACCUUCUCUGGUCCCAAGAUCCAUUCUAACAUGGAUUCAAGUCACAGUGAUCGAUCCAUCCCUGUAUCUCGUGAGGAGAAGCCCACCCUGGCUCCCUCUUCCUAAGCUGAGGCAACGUGAGUCACAUAGGCUGCUACCAUCUGCAGUCUUUCCUCACAAAGCCAUUGCAUAGAUACCAGGGGAAAAUGUAGAAAAGUCAGGGUUGUUUUUUUUCCUCUGCUCUAUCCCCUCUUUUUUUGUUGUUGUUUUCAUUUUCUUAGAUGGGAUGAAGGUCUGAGAGAGUCUGAGACAUUGUGCCUUGAGGCCUAAAAUCUAAAGAGCUGUGAUGUUAGUGAUGACCUAAAAUCUAAAUGUUAAAACCCAAAUCCCAUCACCUGGCUGAUUUGCAGAAAUGGCCAUUGUCCUAUGCUGUUUUUAAUAACAUCUUCAAGUGACUGAGAGUGUUCCUGGUGUUAACCUCCAAUAAACCAAAUGAAGAAGAAUCAACAACCGAGCUGAUCAAUGUGAAGAGAAAUUGAACUAGAGGGAGUGGGGAGUAAUAGACAUUUAAGAAAGAACCUCCAGGUAAUUCAAAGGUUCACAUAUGACACAACCUAAUAUAUGCAGGUCACAGCUGGAUUUUUAGACAGGUGUAUCCCAAUAGCAAGGAUGUUAGUGUCUGUUAGCGAUGCUUCCUACGACAGCAAGGAGUAGGCGUUUCACAGCUUUGGAGAUUCUGUGAGAGAGUUACAUCAUAAUAUUAAGGCUUCAAAUCCCCACUGGGAUCUCACAGGGCUGUAUGUCUCAGACGACCUUUCUCAAAAUCUUAAAAUU